AUGACCAUGGCCAUGACCAUGGCAAACAAUCCAGACGCGCAGCGCAAGCUGGCGCGCACCCUGCUCAUCGAACUCAUGGCCUACCAAUUCGCAUCGCCGGUCCAAUGGAUCGAGACGCAGGACGCGAUUCUGUCGCACAAGGAAUGCGCCAGCGUCAUCGAGAUCGGGCCGACGCCGACGCUCGUGGGCAUGUUCCAGCGAACGCUCGGCAGCAGGACAUACCAGACGCAGGAGUGCACGAGAUCGAAACCGCGCAGGCUGUUAAAUUCGGAGAGGGAUACGGCGGAGGUUUACUUUGAAGGAGAUGUUGGUAUUUUGGAGACCCCAGGACAGGCCGUGAGACGGAAGGAGCCAUCUGCAGCGAAGUCGACUCCUCCCAUUGAAGAUGCGCCUCCCCCGGUGGCAAGAGUAGUAUCGGAUGCGGUGCCUGAGGCGAUUCCGAGGCCGGUAGUGCUAGAGCUCGAGGAUGAGGCCGUCAAAGCGAGAGAUAUUGUGACGACGAUAAUUUCUCGUGCGCUGAAGAAGACACCUCGGGACUUUGACGGGUCAAAGUCGAUCAAGGCUCUUGCUGGAGGACGGUCAACACUCGAAAACGAGAUCGUGGGCGAUCUCCAUGCGGAGUUUGGCUCUCUGCCAGACCGUGCAGAGGACCUGCCAUUGAACGAAGUCUGCAAUUCCAUUCAGUCAGUUCAUAAGCAAGCACUACAGCUCGGCAAAGUGUCGACGAGCAUGGUAAACUCGCUAUUCACCUCCAAGUUCCCAAGCACCUUCACCACGGCCGUUGCGCGGGAACAUCUCAGUUCGCGAUGGGGGCUCCAGCAGGGCCGACAGGACUCGUGUCUACUCCUUGCAGUGGCAGAGCAGCCCAGUACACGGAUCCUCACCGAGGCCGAGGCCAAAAUAUUCUUUGACUGUGUUGUCAAGAGCUACGCGGCCAAGGAAGGCAUCUCCCUCGAUACCCGCGCAUCUACGUCCAGUGUUCAGCAAAAUGCAGCUGUUGAUCCUGAAGCAGUGCGGAAAAUCACCGAGUCCCAGAAAGCUUUGUCGCAGAAGCUUCUCAAUGUCUAUGCAUCCCACGCUGGUCUGGACCAAGGCGCUGAUAGGCGCGCCCUUGACGCCCUGCGCCACACUGUCGAUACAAAACUGCAAUCCGAGCUGGAUCUGUGGAGUGCAGAACAUGGGGAGGAGUAUGCAAAGGGGAUCCGGCCGAGAUUCGACGCUCGGAAGGCCAGGUCGUACGAUUCCGCGUGGAAUUGGGCCCGCCAGAGGCUGUUGGAGCUCUUCAAUCUGGUAACCUCUGUCCCGACGCUCGACAGUGAUCGAGCCAGAGAGGCCUGCUAUGCUAUUGCAAAUGCUGCCGAUGAGGCGAUAUUCCCUGUGCUCAGCGAGAUGGUGAACACACUAUCCGAUAAUCCUCCUCUGCGCAGCAUCUUCAUCGAUCUCGAGGCACAGUGCAGACAGAGCUUGGAAGUCGGACCGCUGUUUAAGGGGUCGCCGAAACAAAUGGCUCCUCGCACGAUCAUUGACGAAGAGGGCGUCAUACAAUAUCUCGAAAGGCCGCGCAACGACGCAAUGCGCUUUGCGGAUCUGGCAUUGCCGGUAUCUCCAACUGAAAUGAGAGAACCGUAUCUGCAUUUGAAGGAGAAAGCCGGGGGAUGGAAUUACAGUCAACGCCUGACCGAACAGCUCCACGGCGUCCUCACCCAGAUCGCCACAUCUGGCGAAUCCUUCAGAGGCCAGACAGUGCUUCUCACCGGCGCCGGUUUCGGGUCCAUUGGCGCAGCCAUGAUCAAGCAUUUCCUGCAAGGGGGUGCGAAAGUGGUCACCACGACAUCUUCUCUGUCCCCGGAGGUUGCUCAGAAGUAUCAGAACAUCUACAUGGACCACGGCGCCAGGGGAUCCCAACUGGUGGUUGUUCCAUUCAACCAGGCCAGUGUGCAAGAUGUCACCUCGCUAAUCUCAUACAUCUACUCAGCAGCGCCAGGCGGCCUGGGCUGGGAUCUUGACUAUAUUGUUCCCUUUGCAGGCAUCAGCGAGGCAGGGCGGAAGCUCGACGGCAUCGACUCGAAAUCCGAGCUGGCGCACCGCCUGAUGCUGACCAAUGUGCUGCGCUUGCUGGGGACGAUCAAGACCCAUAAGGAGAAAUAUCACUGCCGCUCGCAUCCCACGCAGGUCAUCUUGCCUCUCUCUCCUAAUCACGGGACGUUUGGUGGUGACGGACUGUAUGGCGAGUCGAAGCUGGCGCUGGAGACGCUGCUCAAUCGCUGGCAUGCCGAGGAUUGGCGGGAUUACCUGUGUAUCUGUGGCGCGGUAAUCGGCUGGACGCGGGGAACGGGCUUGAUGAACCAGAACGAUCUUGUGGCGGAGGGCGUGGAAGCUUCCGGGCACAUGAGGACGUUCUCUCAAGAGGAGAUGGCGUAUGCCCUUGUUUGCCUGUGCGUUCAGACUAUCAAUGAGCUUUGCCAGGAGCAACCGCUGUACGUGGAUUUAACAGGGGGCAUGGGGACGACGGAGAAUCUGCCUCACAAGCUGCAGGCCAUGCGCCAGGAUCUCAAAGAACGGAGCGAGAUUCUAGCGGGAUUGCUUGCGGAGUCUCGAUUAGAGCAGCAGUGUUCAUUGACCUCGAAGUCAAAGUCCAAGCCAGAGCGGAAGCUUCAACAACGAGCUCAUGUUCGCAUCGACUUUCCCAGGCCACUUGAUUACGCCCACGAGAUUCGCCCCUUGGCUGCAAAUCUCCUUGGAAUGGUUGAUCUCCACCGGACAGUCGUUGUGACUGGCUUUUCGGAAUUGGGCCCUCGAGGUAACGCCCGUACACGAUGGGAGAUGGAAGCGUAUGGCCAGUUCUCGCUCGAAGGAGUGGUCGAGAUGGCCUGGCUGAUGGGCUACAUCAAGCACUAUGCCGGGGUCAUAGACGGCACACCAUACUCUGGCUGGGUGGAUGCUACCACAAAGAAACCCGUGGCUGAUAUCGAUGUCAAGCCAUUGUACGAGGAGAGGAUCCUUAGCAAUAGCGGAAUCCGGCUUGUCCCAGCGGAUGAAGAGCAGCCAAAGUUCCUGCACGAGGUCAUUCUACAAGAGGACCUGGAGCCCUUAUACCUGCCACGGACCCUCGCCGACGAGAUGAAAGCAGAACAUGGCGAGUAUGCUGACGUACAACAGUCCACCACACCAGACCUUUUCAAAGUACAGCUGCGCAAAGGCUCAAGACUUUACAUCCCGCGGGCAAUGCAGAACACUCCUACAGUUGCCGGGCUCAUCCCAACAGGCUGGGACCCACGAACGUACGGAAUCCCCGAGGAUAUCAUCACGCAGGUUGAUCCAGUCACUCUUUACACCCUAGUCUGCACUGUCGAGGCACUCCUGUUCUCAGGCAUCACUGACCCCUACGAGCUCUACCAAUACAUCCACGUUUCGGACGUAGGGAGCUGCAUCGGCUCUGGGCUCGGGGGCGCCUCCUCUCUGCGCAAGAUGUUCAGCGGGCGCCAAACAAACCCUGAGAUCCAGAAGGAUAUUCUGCAAGAGACAUUCAUCAACACCACAGCUGCGUGGGUAAACAUGCUCCUGCUCUCAGCCUCUGGGCCCCUCCGCACCCCGGUCGGCGCAUGCGCAACAGCCAUCGAGUCGCUCGAACUAGGAUACGAGACGAUCUCGAGUGGCAAAGCCCAGUUCUGCCUUGUUGGCGGCUGCGACGACUUUAUUGCCGAGACAUCGCAGGAGUUUGCCAACAUGAAGGCGACUGCCAACGCGGCGGACGAGAUAGCCAAAGGUCGAGCUCCGCAUGAGAUGUCCCGGCCAGCCACCAGCACGCGCAGCGGGUUCGUCGAAUCCCAGGGUGCCGGCAUCCAGGUCCUGACGACUGCGGCCUUGGCCUUGAAGAUGGGUCUGCCGAUUCGAGGCGUCGUGGCGUUCGUGAAUACCUCCAGUGACAAGGCCAGUCGCUCCGUGCCAGCGCCAGGCAGGGGCGUCUUGACAAAUGCCAAACAAAUGCAAGGACAACGAAUGCCGUCACCGCUGAUGGACAUUGCAAAUCGCCGAAAGCGACUAGACUUCCGACUCCGGCAGAUCAACGAAGCGCGAGACAUAGCACUGCAAGACCUCCCCCUUGAGCUCGACGCAGUGGUAUCCCAGGACCCGAGCAUAGACACCAACGCCUACAUCACCGAGCGCCGCCAGCAGAUCAUCGCUGAAUCCUCACGCGAACAACGAGAAGCCAAAUACACCCUAGGAAACACCUUCUGGCACAACAACCCGCACAUCGCGCCGCUAUCCGGCGCCCUUGCAACCUGGGGCCUCACAAUAAACGAUCUCUCAGCCGCGUCCCUCCACGGGACAUCAACAGUCCUAAACGACAAGAACGAGUCAUCCGUGCUGCAAGACCAACUCCGCUCUCUGGGCCGCCGCCCCGGAAACCUCCUGCCCAGCGUCUUCCAGAAGUCGCUAACGGGGCACUCGAAGGGCGCGGCAGGCGCAUGGAUGCUCAACGGCGCGCUGCAGAUGCUGGAGUCCGCCAUUGUUCCUGGGAACAGGAAUGCGGAUAAUAUUGACGCCGCGCUGAAGGAGUUUGAUUUGCUCGUCUAUACGCAGAAAGCUAUCCGCGUGGAGGCUGGGUUGAAGGCCAUCUCACUCACGAGCUUUGGGUUUGGCCAGAAGGGGGCGCAGGCUCUUGUUGUGCAUCCGAGGUACUUGUUUGCUACGAUUGAUGAAGAGGAGUAUGGCGAGUAUAUGGAGCGCUGUGAGAGGAGGAAGCGAAGGGCGGAUGCGUACUUUUAUGAGGGGGUCAAUGGGAAUUCGCUGUUUAGGGCUAAGGUCGCGCCGCCGUGGGGUGACGGCGGUGAUAAGAUGGGGAAGGAGAGCGCGGUGUAUCUGGAUCCGUUGGCGAGAUUUUCUUGA